UGAAAAAUUAGUCCCUAUUUUGUGUUAAUAUUUUGAACCAGUGACUAUGCUAAUGAGUUGCAUGUUGAACCUCUACAAGUAGACUAAAAUGUAUAGUAAUUUGCGUAAAGAUUCAGUUGCUAGCACUGGGUCUUAUUUGCCAGCGCCUGCUACUCACAGAGGCUGUAUGUCUGCAGCAAUGAAAAGGUACCGAUAUCUCCGUCGAUUUUUCAAAUUCAGUCAAAUGGAUUUUGAAUUUGCAUUCUGGCAAAUGACAUAUUUGUUCUCAGCACCUCAAAAAGUGUAUAGAAAUUUUCAUUAUCGCAAAGAAACGAAGUCUCAGUUUGCAAGAGAUGACCCCGCAUUUUUGGUUCUGUUAAGUCUUUGGUUAUUUGUGUCCUCAUUAGGUUUCACACUUAUUCUGAGUCUAAACUUUUGGGAAUUUUUGAAAUUUUUUUUGUACUUAGUGUUUGUUGACUGUAUAUUUUUUGGAUUUUGUAUUGCAUCAUUAUUCUGGUUCAUCACUAAUAAGUACCUCAUAAAACCAUCUCAUAAAGGUCAAGAUGUUGAGUGGGGUUACGCAUUUGAUGUUCAUUUGAAUGCCUUCUUUCCCUCAUUUGCAAUAUCACAUGUUAUUCAACUAUUUUUCUAUAAUGCCCUGAUAAGUCAUGAUUGGUUUCUAGCUCGGUUGUUCGGCAAUCUCUUGUGGUGCGUGGCAUUCACUUACUAUGUGUACAUAACAUUUUUAGGUUAUAGCUGUUUACCAAUCUUACAAAAAACUCAAGUAUUACUUUCACCUCUCAUUUUACUUGGGCUUAUGUUAAUUGUUUCAAUUGCAGCAGGCUGGAACUGGAGUAGUUCCGUCAUGGAUUUUUACCACUAUCGAGUUCUUUAACACGCUCUCUUUAAACCUGUUUUCCUGGAUUAUUUACUUCCACAUCAAAACUUACUGGGGAUUUCAAAACAUCACUUUGUUCAGAUGCCAGUGAGCAGAGCUGUAAGACUGUUAUAGAUGGCUUAGCAAUGUCUCAUCUCACUCACAGCACCAUUACUGUAGAGGGAGUACCUGCUCUGUAUCACUCAAGAUUGUUCGAACGAGCUAAAAGCAUAGUUUUUCUCUAGGCUGUAUUCUCUAAAUAUUUUCCCUUGAUGAUAACUGUAGUAAAAGGCACCAGUAACCUCUUUGGCCGUGAAGAUGUAUGAUAUUUUAUGUACAAUUUUUUACGCAUGAAGAAAUAUCUGUUCAAUGAUUCGUAUCAAUGCACUUUUUCUCCAAGAAUUUGAGUAUCAAUUACAUUAUUGGAUCUAGUUUUGUAGUGAUGAAUGAGAAAGGGCAUGAAGCACCUCUCAGAUCAGAGACAAAGAUGUUUAUUUUAUGUCAUAGCUACUGGUGCUUGUCUGGGGCACACUUUGGGUCUAAUUGACCUCCAAAUGGGCUCCAAAGUCUCCAAUGGGGAGCAUGUAUUUGCUAUGAGUUUUUUCCCUUAGUAAUGAGAAUUUUCAGGGUAUCCAGUGACCUGAAAAACCAGGAAAUGUCAGGGAAUUUUUUUCGUGUCAGGGAAAUCAGAGAAAACGUCAGGGAAUCCGCAAAAAUUCGGCAUGUCAGGGAAUUUUAUUUUGCAAGCUAUUUUCGUGUCAGAGAAACCUCAGAGAAAUCGAAAAACACGAAUUUUUCAGAGAACGUUUUGCAAAUUUUACUCUCUCGGAGAUUUCUACCAGAAUUUCUGCUAAUGUCUUUUAAGUCUUAAAAAUCAAGCAAAAAUAUCUCGCAUAUGUUUAGGCACUGUACAUUUAGCUGUAUUUAUUACAUUUUAUUCUUACACAACAUGAAAAAAUUCUUACUUACAUGUAAUCACUUCAAACAAGUUGAAAAAUUAGGAAUAUUUUUCCUUUUUGUCAGGGAAUUAUUUUUUCUGUCAGUUAGGAAAUUUUAAAGUUUCCCCGGGUUUUUUAUCGUUUUUGUCAGAAAGGUCGGGGAAAUGUCAGGGAUUUUUUUUUUUAAAAAUUGCUAGACACCUUGAUUUUUGUUUCACAAAAACAAGCAUCAAUGGCUAUGAUGUGAUGCCAAUACCUGAACCUCUCAUUUUGUAGUGUCUAUUAGUUUUUAUUUCAAGUUUUCUUGCAGCAAUCUUACAUUUUCUUUCAAUUAAUAAUCUGUAAAACAGAGAUUUCUUGUGCUAGAAAUUGAGGGGAUUGAUUUAUGUGCAAUCAUUUUACAUUCUGGCAAGCAGAUUACUUUGACAGAUAAAUGCCAAACGAAGUCAGGAACCCGAAUACCGCAGAGAAACAAUAUGAUUUUGAAUAGUGCAAACCAGAUUACUCUGAAUGCAACCCGAGAAAUAGAAGGCCUAGUAUAAAUGAGCCAACGAUAGCGUAUGGAGCAUAAGGCAUUCUACCAAAGUAGCACAAUGUCAUAGAAUAGUAGAGUUUAACACAGUCCCUGCUGGCCACAAUUUUGUCGCUUCUUGCGUUAUAUAAUGCAAUUGAACCUUACUGAAUUUAAUGUAAUAGAAUUAAAUAACUUUUAACUUAAUAUCUGAAAUCAGUGUAUAUAGUUUUGAUUACUUACCUCAUCUAGUCCAUGAUGUAGAAUUGAUUUUUGGUUCAUUUUGGUUAGGGUCUCUGUCCUUGUUCUCCAAGUGUCACUCUGAUGAAGUGGAUACAAGCGAUACUAAAAUAUUUGAAGGAAUUUGCCCCCCCCCUUUUUUUUAAAAUGAAUAUUGUUGUUGGUCCUUGUUUUCAGCUCUCCUCAAGCCAUUUUUUCAAGAAGUAGAAUGAAAAGUCCUUUUUACAAAAAAAUCUGUUAAAUCAAAUGGUUGAUUAAAUUUUUACUCUAAUUCUGGCUGCAAUUUCUCCCUUUGACAACUUUUUCUCAGUUUUUUUCUGUAACAAGAAAAGCUGAUUUAUUUAGUAAUUCAAUAUCCUAGAAAAUUUUGUUUGUAGAGCCAAUGAUUGGCUUAAGUCAUCAGAUCAGCUUAUCAUAAGUCAUUAGAUUUGUGGUGUUUAAAGAUAAUAAAUUUAGCAGGGUAGGUGAGGCAAAGGUCUGCACCCCUUACUUUUGUUGAAAAAGAGUUUUGUCUGCUAUAAUGAGAACGCACAACUUCAUAAAUGGCAGAAAUUUAAGGAAUAACAGGCGGCAAAAUUUUAUAUUUCUAGAUCAGAAGGCCGCUUCUUAGAAGAAAAUAGAUGUCUCUAAAAAGAUGUCUUUCAUAGCCAAAUAUGCUCCGCUAAAAAUAACAUUCUUCUAACCAUCGAUAAAGUUAAUGAAUGGGUUAUUUAUUCUGCUGUUUUUUUAAUGCCAUCAUUGUUCAUAAAAUAUCAAAAGAUUAUUUUUGUACCAUUGGAGGAAAACUGAUGUCAUAAAUAAUUUUUGAGCUUACCAAAAAAUGCCUGUAUAUUAGUGAAGAAUACUCCAGUAAAAAACUAUGCCUAGGGUUUUAGAGAUUAAGCUCUACUGUCAAUAGUCUAAAGUUGUGAGCAAUGGAGUCCUUUGGUGUCUCUCAAUUUCUUUCCUUCUUGUAAGUCAAACUUAAAGUAAUCAGUAUGUACCUUUUAAGCCAUUAAAAUGGUUAAUUUAUUUCUACAAAAAAAUUUCCUCUAAUUUUGAGCUCCCUGUGUAUGUUUUUAUGUAUAUAUAAAUAUAUAUUUAUUUUUUUUUUCCUAAGCUUUUUGUAAAUAUGAAACAGCUUGGUCUUGACGUAGCUGUUAUUAAUUUGUUAUUGAAAAAAUGAUUUGAAAUAUAAAAUUACAAAUUUA